AUGACCAGCAGCAAUCUUUCCCAAGCCGACGCUGUGCAGCUUUGCUUCGAGAAUGUGACUAGAUCUUGUCUUAAAACUCCCUACUCAUCUGGAUCGCGGGUGAUCCUGUACCUAGUGCUUGGCUUUGGGUCUUUAUUGGCCGUAUUUGGAAACGUCUUGGUCAUGACUUCAGUCCUUCACUUCAAGCAGCUGCAUUCUCCAGCCAACUUCCUCAUCGCCUCUCUGGCCUGCGCUGACUUUCUGGUGGGAGUGACCGUGAUGCCCUUCAGCAUGGUCAGGUCCGUGGAGAGCUGCUGGUACUUUGGAGCCACUUUUUGUGCCCUUCACAGCUGCUGUGAUGCAGCCUUUUGCUACUCUUCCCUCUUCCACCUGUGCUUCAUCUCCAUCGACAGGUACGUGGCUGUCACCGACCCUCUGGUCUAUCCCACCAAGUUCACGGCGUCUGUGUCAGGGCUGUGCAUCAGCAUCUCCUGGGUCCUGCCCCUUGUCUACAGCGGUGCUGUGUUCUACACAGGAGUCAGUGACGAUGGGAUGGAGGGAUUCGUCAGUGCUCUCAACUGUGUAGGUGGUUGUCAGAUUGUUGUAAAUCAAGACUGGGUUUUGAUAGAUUUUCUGUUAUUCUUCAUACCUACCCUCGUCAUGAUAACUCUUUACAGUAAGAUCUUUCUUGUAGCUAAACAACAAGCCGUAAAAAUUGAACAUCCUGGCCGCAGAGCAGAAUCUGAGAGUUACAAAGCCAGAGUGGCCAAGCGAGAGAGAAAAGCAGCCAAAACCCUGGGUAUUACAGUCAUGGCGUUUAUGAUUUCAUGGUUGCCAUAUACAAUUGAUACAUUAAUUGAUGCUUACAUGGGCUUCAUAACGCCUGCCUAUAUUUAUGAGAUUUGCUGUUGGUGUGCUUAUUAUAACUCAGCCGUAAACCCCUUGAUCUAUGCUUCAUUUUACCCAUGGUUUAGGAAAGCCAUAAAAGUUAUUUUAAGUGGGGGUCUUUUUCAGAAUAGUUCAUCAACCAUGAGUUUAUUUUCAGAAUAA